AAAAAAACUGUGACAGAGCAUUUCACACUGUGACAGAGCCUGUGUACAAGAGAGACAGAAGAAUGGAGAAGCCCAGGCAAAAAUUUAAGGAUAUUAUAGAUCAAGCAUCUGCUGCUGCAAGCAAAAUGCAUCGUGAUGAACUGAUGUUUUUGUACAAGGGGGUUCCCUACCCUGUUACUUUUUGCAGUCCUGAAGUAUUCAGAGCCAUGGAGUCCUUUGAGGCCAGAAGCGAUGAUAUCAUUUUGGCUGGAUAUCCUAAAUCUGGCACAAACUGGUUGACUCAAAUCUUAAAUGAUCUGGCAGACAUACAUGAGAAGAAAACACAGAAUAAACAAAAUACUGUGGAUAAUGAAGAGCUAGAAGAGUUCCCCUACUUGGAGGUUGGAGAUACUGAGAAAUAUGAGAGAAUGAAGAGAUUACCUUCUCGGAGAGUUAUAGUUACUCAUCUCCGUCCUGAAUACCUUCCCAGAUCUAUCUUCAAAAAUAAAGCAAAGAUAUUGUUGCUGAUUCGCAAUCCAAAAGAUGUAGCUACAUCGUUUUACCAUUUUACCAAACGCAUGGCUCCUCUUCCCUCCUAUGAGACCUGGGAUGAUUUCUUCGAAGCUUUCAUGACAAACAAAAUGGCCUGGGGGUGCUACUUUCAAUACCUUUCCGAAUGGAACAAAUACGCUGAUGAUGAAAAUGUUAUGGCAGUAACUUACGAAGAGCUAAAAGAGAAUCGGGUCGUAGGUGUGAAAAACAUAGCUGCUUUCCUUGGGAUUUCAAUGACCGAGGCAGAACUUCAGAGUGUGGUAGAAAGGAGCAGCUUCCAGUCAAUGAAGAAGAACUCAGACAAGACCCAUGGGUCAUUUGGCGAAAUUCUCUUUCGCAAAGGUGGUGUAAGUGAUUGGAAGAAUCUUUUCAGUGAAGAUCAGAAUGAGAAAAUGGAUAAAGCAUUUGAAGAACAUAUGAGAGGAACUAAACUGGGAACAAAGCUAAAGUAUGAAAUGUAUUGUAAAGCCUGAAAAGUAAUGAAUUAUGGUUACAGCUCAAGCUUUCCAAUGCACUCUCACAUCAUCUGACUACUCUAUACUAGGAAACUAGAUCAAAUGAUCCAAGCAUCUUAGAAUUACUGUAGGAAACACAUUGCAGUGACCUAUACAGUAACAAUCACAGAAUCAUAGAAUCAUAGGUUGGAAGAGACCUCCAGGAUCAUCAAGUCCAACGAUUCCUAACAAUCCCUAAACCAUGCCCCUCAGCACCUUAUCCACCCAUCCCUCAAACACCUCCAGGGAAGGUGACUCAACCACCUCCCUGGGCAGCCUGUUCCAGUGCCCAAUGACCCUUGCCGUGAAAAAUUUUUUCCUGAACAUCCAGGAUGGAGCAUCCCCUGACGGAGCUUGAGGCCAAUCCCUCUUGUCCUCUCCUCUGUGUUUUUCUGUUUUAAAGGUGAGAUAUUUGGCUUGCUCUGGAUACAAUAAUUAGCUCAGUAAGAUAGCAACUAACCAUGUUCAGAUCAACGUAACAGCCCUGUUUCAUUAGCUGUCACCUGGAAGGAAAUGCCCCUUUUCUCUUUCUAAUCAAACUCAUUAUUUCCAGAUUAUUUGUAAUUAUUUAGUAUGUGGAAUUUUGUUUGGUUGGUUGUUUGUUUUCAAAUCAUUUCAAAUCAAGCAACAUUUUCACAGAAAACAUCACUAGCAAAAAACACGGUUCUGACACAACCUAAUUAAAGACAAAGGAUAUCUUCCCUGUGAUUUCAGCAUAAACUGGAUCAAGGCUACAAGAAGGAGAAUGAGGAUCAGACUUCUCAGGGAUUUUAGUGAAAGCAGAAUUUCAAAGCAGAUUUUACAUUACAACGUGUUGCUAAUAGGCAAGAUCCACUCAGUGCUUUUAUAGAAGCACAGAGUAGCCCAGGUUGGAAGGACCUCAAAGAACCAUCUGGUUCAACCUUUCUUGGGAAGAUAGGAUAAUUGCAUCUUGAAAACUUAUCGUGAUGGUGAAUCUACCACAUUCCUAGGCAGAUGGUUCCAGUGAAUAAUUGUUCUCAUUGUAAAGGCUUUAUUUCUUAUAAUCAGAUGAAACCUCUCCAGGCACAACUUGUUCCCAUUGCUCCCUGUCUUCUCUAUGUGGCUUCUUGUAAACAGAGAGCCUCUGUCCUCUUUGUAGCUGCCCUUGAAGUACUGGAAUACUGUGAUAAGCUCCUCCCUGAAUCUUCUUCUUUUCAUGGCCCUUGUUUGAAUGCCUUCUAAUCUGAAUUGUGGUGACCAGAACUGGGCACAGUUCUGCAGAUGUGGUCUGACAAGUGUUGUGUGUAGCCAUCCUAAAAAUUGCAGACAGUUUUCCUUCUAAUACAUAAACUUGUAUAAAUCUUGUUUCUAGCUGGAUAAAGGUUAAUAAAAAGCAACAUCAUUAAUUUAAUGUCUUGUGUUUGAAAUGAAU